AUGAGAGACACAAACAGAGCGCUCAUGAUGUGCAGAGAGUGGGGAAUAGUGGGCGUGUCCUUCUCAGCGGCCGCCCAGAACGCCACGCAGCAGAGCGCCCCCGUGCAGCAGAUCAGCAAGCUUCCCGGCGCCCCGCCUGAGUCAGGGGCAAAGCCUCCGUCAGAUUCGAAAAAGGAUUCUACAGAUGACAAAAAAUCAGAGAAAGAUGUUCAACCUUCACAUGUUCACCCGCCGCCAAAUGUUCACCCGUAUAUGAACGUUCAUCCAUAUGCAUAUGGACAGAAUCCUUAUAUCCAUUAUCCGUACGGUGUUCAUUAUCCUGUGUCAGGUGUUCAGCAACCUUCAGCUAAUUUCUACUCGGAUGUUCAACACCCUAUGGACAUGCAAGACCAGUCAACGAACUUCCAAGCAAAUUCACCAGAUGUUCAGCACUCUCUUGAUGUUCAGUCACCUUCGUCGAGUGUCUAUCACCCUAUAGAUGUUCACCAAUAUGCUGAACAACCCGGCAACAUUCAGCAAGCGCAAGAUGUUGAACUUGAGAUGAGUAUUCACAGUUUUCCGUCAUCUGCUUACCGAUCUCCGUCAACUGUUCAGUCGCCUCUUUCAUUUGCUGAACAACGUGCGAGUGUUCAUUUGCAGACGCCAGAUGUCCAACAAACUGUUCCUAUUGUUCACCAGUCUCCAUCAACUGUUCAAGACCCUGUAAAUUGGUCUUCCCCAAAUAUUCAGUCACCUGUUCAUCGACCUAUAAAUGUUCAAUCGGCUCUUUCAAAGCGACGUUCAAACUCAGACCCCAGACGCCAGCAAACCGCCCCCGUUUUUCUCACUCUCCAUGAUUUUUCAGAAACCCUUUAA